UAUCUGCAUUUAAUCAUAUUUUCAAAGUUAUUUAUCGGUGUAGAAAAUAACAAACAAUCCUGACAAUACGGACAGUUUCCCGAUUUUUUAAACAGCAUUAACUGGAUUUUAUUAUAACAAUAAAUCAAAAUUAUCAUAGUAAGAUAUUUAUCACGAUAAAUAAUAUCCGAUAAAUGCCCGGCCCUACCCCUUCUUAUUUCAGCUGCAGUAAAAUCUGAAAAAAUAAUGUUUUUGUUUUUCUAAAUGCGACCGAACCCAAGGUUAUCCUCAGACCCCCACCUUCCUCUCAUCAGUUAGACUCCUCUUCCUCGUCGGAUGUUUUGUUAUCAGCCGGAACAGAGAAAGCGACGCGGCCUUCGAGGCUCGGCGGCGCCGUCCGAGGGGGAGGCUGCUGGAUGCUGCAGCCCAAUCAGAGCUCAGAUUGAGAUCAUCCCCUGUAAGAUCUGUGGAGAUAAAUCCUCAGGGAUCCACUACGGCGUCAUUACCUGCGAGGGCUGCAAGGGUUUCUUCAGGCGGAGUCAGCAGAGCAACGCCUCGUACUCGUGUCCGCGGCAGAAAAACUGUCAGAUCGACCGAACGAGCCGGAACCGGUGUCAGCACUGUCGCCUGCAGAAAUGCCUGGCUGCCGGCAUGUCCAGAGACGCCGUGAAGUUCGGCCGCAUGUCGAAGAAGCAGCGGGACAGUUUGUACGCCGAGGUCCAGAAGCACCGGCUCCAGCAGCAGCAGCAGGCACCCAGCCGGUCCUCCCCCAGCGUCAGCAGCCCCAGCCUGGACGAGGCUGAGUCGCCGUCUCCCCCGUACACGCUGUGCUCCGCGGGCCUCACGGACCCAGCAGACGACCCGGCCUGCUACAUGGACCGGACCUCACCAGACGGAGGAUCUCUGACCUCCAAGGCGGAGUCGGGAGCAGGAGACGCAGGAUGUGGAGGUUUCUACCUGGACAUCCAGCCGUCUCCGGACCAGUCCGGACUCGACAUCAACAGAGUCAAACCGGAGCCACUGCACGACUACAGACACGGCGACGGCAAUGGCUUCUUCCCUUACUGCUCCUUCAGCAACGGAGAUGCUUCUCCAACCCUGACCUUGGCCGAACACGGUGAGUCCACCGAACACGAUCACUUGGCCCAAAUCAUCUGCAAGUCUCACCUGGAGACGUGUCAGUACCUGAGGGAGGAGCUGCAGGAAAUGAGCUGGCAGAGUUUCCUGCAGGAAGAGGUGGAGAAGUAUCAGAACAAGCCACAGGAGGCGAUGUGGCAGCUUUGUGCAGUGAAGAUCACAGACGCCGUCCAGUACGUGGUGGAGUUCGCCAAGCGCAUCGACGGCUUCAUGGAUCUCUGCCAGAACGACCAGAUUGUGCUGCUGAAAGCCGGAUCUUUAGAGGUCAUCUUCGUACGAAUGUGUCGGGUUUUUGACUCUCAGAACAACACCGUCUACUUCGAUGGGAAAUUUGCAAGUCCUGACGUUUUUAAAUCAUUAGGCUGCGAUGAUUUGAUCUCGUCAGUGUUUGACUUUGGUCAGAGCAUGUGUUCGCUGCAGCUGACCGAGGAAGAGAUCGCCCUCUUCUCCGCGUUCGUUCUGCUCUGUGCAGACCGGUCGUGGCUGCGGGAGAAGCUGCAGGUGGAGAAGCUGCAGCGGAAAACCGAGUCGGCCCUGCAGCACGUCCUGCAGAAGAACCACAGAGACGAUGGAGUUCUGGAGAAGCUGCGGUGCAAGGCGUUGGCGCUGCGCGCUCUCUGCGGCCUCCACUCGGAGAAGCUCGCGGCGUUCAGAACCGUCUACCCGGACGCGGUCCGAACGCUCUUCCCUCCGCUCUACAAGGAGCUGUUUGCUGCCGACCUGGACGGGACUCUGCACUGAGCGCCAGAACCGGUCCGGUCCCAGCAGGACUAAUCCGCGCGCUGAGGAAUCUGAUUUUAUGGUUGCACUACUGCACUGAUCCGGGAGCAGCAGCACCCUGGAGGUUCUGGUGCUGGAAACAUGUGGACUAGUGCAGGACUGCUGACUGAGCAAUACACGUCCGAGCUACUAAUUCAAUCCUGAAACUUGAGGCUUUUAUACAGAAAAACCAGUUUCUUGUACAGAUUGUUAAGCGGUUUUAGUUUCUUUCUCACUCCGUAUCGAAGUUCAGCUGGAGGAGCUUCAUUUUCUCCAGCUGAGAUUUCUCUUUUUUGAGUUUCAAAUCACUUUGGUGCAAAUCCAGGCAAAAAUAAAUCCCAGAAACGACAUUAAGCUCAUUUGUUUACCUGACGGAUAUCUUAUAAAACUGAACCUGGCUUCAUGUUCGGCUUUGAGAUUCAGUUUCCUCGACUCAAAAACUAACAGCAAUAUUUAGCCAAGAGAGAAAACUGGGUUAGUUUUUCAAAGUUAUAUUUUCUCCAUUUUAUUCAAUAAUUUCUAAAUGUCACAGUUUGCCUUGAACUAAAUAUUUACUUCAGAGAUAUAGUUAGUUUGCUAACUAAAAAUUUAAACGUUAGCUACUUAAAAAGUCAAGCGACAGUUGGCUAACUAUCUAGCUAGCAAGCUAAAUAGAGCUAAAUAUUUAGUUGGCAAGCUAAGUAGCUAACUAGAGAGUUAGCUCAGAACUAGCUAAAUAUUUACCAUCAUAUUUAGCUCAAAAGCACUUAAAUAUUUUGUUAGGAAGCUAGCUAGAGCUAGCACAAUGAUAUGUUUACAAUUAUUAAUCCCACAAAAUAUACCCCAUAAAAUAUCUAAAAUUAAAUAUUAGAUAGAUCUGAGCUAAAUAUUUAAACUCAGAACUAGCUGAAUGUUUAAAUCAGAGCUACGUACAUAUUUAGCUACCAAGCUAAAUAUUUAGUUUGAAGUUAAAAUUUAACUUGCAAAUAAAAACUUAGCCUAAUUAAAUAUUUAGUUUGAAACUGUGACAUUACAUAGAAAUAUAUAAAUGAGUGGAAAACAUGAUAAUUCACUGUUAGCAGCUGAAAAUGUCCAAAACAGCUUUCCGUAGAUCAGCAGCCAUGUUGUUCAAAGACGCAGCUGCAAGAGUGCAGAACAAAUUUUCCCUCCACUUUAUCUAAAAAUGUUUUUACAUGUUCAAACUGACAUUCAAAAUGUUUAGCAGUUAAAUAAAGAUGUUUUGUGCCAUAGUUGCAAAUCUUUUAAUGUAAAACAGCAAAUUUACCUGAAAAACUAGGAAUUUACUAAAGUUUUUUAUGUCUUUGAUAAUUUGGCAUUAUGCAUUUUCAUACAAAACUCCUCUGAAAAAGUGUUGAGAUAUUUCCAAGUGAGGUUAAAGUUCACACAGCCUUUCAGUUAUGAUGCAAAAGCUGCAGUGAUUAUAAAGCAAUAAACAUCAAAUCCAACCCAGAUUGUUUUCAGGUAAAAAUGCUUAAAAGAUCAAAGUUGCAUCAAAAUAUUGUCCAGUUAUAAAUAAUCUUCAUGGUAAGGAAUAAAUGUGUACUUUUAUAGAUUUGUAAUAGUUUUUCAUCCAUCCCAGCUGUUCCAACACAGAGCAGAUCCAGGGUUUUAUUUUGGUAAUUUAAUAAACUGCAUUUCUGACUAAACAUUUAUCCAAAUAUUGAUGUCCAAACUAAUCCAGGUUCAAGGUUAAAUCCUCAGAAAUGCUCAGAUUUUAGUCAAAAUAAACUCAAGCAAAUGUUUUCUUCCAUUUUCCACAACUAUUCAGGGGAAUAAAUUAUGAUGUGUUUUAUUUCAGUAAUUAGAGUUUAUUUCUGUUCAUUUUGAUGAUUCUGACAAUUGAUUAAAAUUUUUAAAUAUUACGUCUAACUCAGUUUUCAAGGAUUUCUCUGUUAAUGUAACUACAAAUUAUUAGCAGAAAAUUAUUUUUCCCUAAUUGCUUGUGGACUAAAAGUAAACUUUUUUUUUUUUUUUUAGAAAUCUUGAAAUCAAGCAGAUUUUUUAAAUAUUUACUGCCAGUCUGCAGAUAGCAGCAGCAAAGCUGCAGCACCCCCUGCUGGAACUGAAGUGCAACAUCAAUUUUUCCUCCUCAUUUUUUCAUUUUUAGUUUAAUUUGUAAAUCAUUCUUUCAUUUAGUUUUCUGUUGAAGCAAAAACAUGCAACAUCUCUCCACUCAGGUCAAUAGUUUUACUAGCAAUAUAUGAAAAAUAAGCAAUAAGCUGUAAGAUUUUUUUUAUAUAAUCAAUAACAUCACCUGACUCAAUAAAUUCUGAAUAUUUCAGAUUUUUUGGAUGCAUAAACUAUUCAAACCUAAAUUAGAAUGAAAGUCCAGAUUCUUCUUCGUUGGUAGUUAAGGAACGUCUCAAACAGGAUUUUAAAUUCAUACUACUGAAUAUAAAAAAGUAUAUUUAAAUUAAUUUGCACUUUCUCUAAACCUACAUGCAUACAACCACAGCACGAGUCACUUUGUUUCCAUUAUAAUAUUCAUUUGUAUGUUAGAGAGGUUCUUUAAACGUGUAAAGAUCCAAAACUCCCAGAAUUCCACCAAACUUUUAGAAAAUGAUUUAAUUUCAGUAAAACCACUGAUUUGAUUUUCCUUUAAGGAUUAGACGCACUCUGGGUUAGAAAAUUUAAGAAAGUGAGUUUUUGGUGUAAAUUUAUGUCUUUUUUUUUUCUAUCUAUAAUCUCGACUGUUGUGCAUUUUUUUAAGUAAAAGUGGCCCAAAGUCUGUUUUCAUCGCUGAUCAUAAUGGAUUUACAAACUGGAUGUUUUUCUUUCCAUAUGGCAAAUGGAUCUAAAAUUAUCUAUGAAUCCCUUUCUUGCAAAAAAACCCAAAAUAAAAUAAAAUACUUUAUGCAUUAAACUAUUUUAAAAAAUCACAAUAUAACUUUCAAAGAGGUAUUAUUUAAUAGGUUAUAUCAAUAUUUGUUAAAUAUAUUUUUUUAAAGUUAUAUUGUUAUAUUUAUAAACUCAAACCAAGUUUUCAACGUUUGAAACUCAAAAAUUUCCACUUCUUUUUCUAGAAAAUUCAAAAAUGUUUCUAGAAAGCGUUUAGCUUUUCAAACUCAGAAAUUUUGAGGUUUUUGGCGAAAAUUAACUUUUUAUUUUUCUGUCUACAAUGGCCCAAAUUCGCCACUGUAAAUAAUUGCAAUAAAUGCAACUUGAUGGAAUAACAGAUUCCCAAAAUAAGUUUGACACAUCUAACUGCUUGCUAGCAUAACUAGCUAAUCGGCUAACUGACGGAUUUAUCUGGACGAGGUGAAAACGAGUCGCUGAAACUCAAACUGAGCUUCAGAACCAGGAAGGGCAGAAAAUAACGUGACUUUAAACGCAGCACGAUUGUUGAUAUAUGAUGAGGAUAGGAAACUGGAAGGCAACAUAAAGAUGGCAGACAUUUGGCCUAACCAACAUGAAAACAAAUAUUUAUGCUGCCUUACAGCAAAGCUGGCAGCGGCAGUAUGGUGCUGCGGGGAUAUUUUCUUGGCACACCUUUAGCAUCAGCUGGUAUUUAAAUCCCUUUCUAUGUGAGAAAUCCAAACCUCCAGAGCUCAAAUCAUCUCAAACUGGAUUCUUGAACAUGGUUUAACUGUGAUCAAACUUUACCUAUUAAAGUGGCAAAUAACCGCUUUUCCAUUGAAAAUGAAACAUUUAAAAUAAUCUAAAAGAGG